CAGGCGGGGGAUGGAUGACGACAGGAUGUCAAGGCGUGAUGAUGACAGGGGACCGUGGCGUAGCGCAGAUGAUGACAGGCUCUCCAGGCGAGAUGAUGACAGGGGUCCGUGGCGUAGCGGUGAUGAUUCAAGGCCAGGUCCUUGGAGACCAUUUGGUAAACCAGGGGGAUGGAGAGAACGAGAAAAGGCUCGUGAGGACAGCUGGGGGCCUCCCCGAGACUCCAGACCUCCAGGAGACCGCGAAUGGGAUAGAGACAAAGAUCGUGAUGAAAACGAGAAAGACCGGGAAUUUGACAGAGAUAGAGAUUUUGAUCGAGACGAUCGUUUCAGGCGUCCCAGGGAUGAUGCUGGUUGGAGAAGAGGACCAGCUGAGGAAACUUCUAGCUGGCGAGAUUCAAGUCGCCGUGAAGAAUGGGACAGAGGUGGUCGUGACAUGAGAGACAGACGUGCUGAUGACAGAGAUCCUCCCCUCAGAAGAGGGCCCCCUCUCAGAUCUGACCGUGAAGAACCGAGCUCGUGGCGGCGUGCUGACGAUAGGAGAGAAGAACGUGGAGAAGAACGUGAACCAGUUCGGCGAUCAGCUCCUGCUCCCGCUGCUCCUCCAGCUUCUGCUCCCCCUCCAGCAUCAAAAGAUCGAGAAAGAGACGGGGAGAAGGAGAAGGGUUCCUGGAAAACAGAAAAGGAGCGUGAGCCCCUUCGCCGCACUAAAAACGAGACAGAUGAAGAAGGGUGGACCACUGUACGACGUUAAGUGAAAAUCACAGAGUUUAACCGAUGUUUUAGCUUUGAUUUGAUCGAAUCCAUGGAUUAUAUUUGUGCUUAUAAACAUUCUGAAUUGGAAUUCUUUAACAAAUGUUUUGAGGUAACAUGAAAGCAUGAGCUUGAAUUACUUACUCAUAUAGAUUGAUCAUGCACAAAACUCACAGCAGAAGGUUGGAAAUUGAAUUGCCAGGUUUUGAAAUUUCAAAUGAUGCUUAUUUCGUGGGUCAUUUGUUGCUAAAAUAAAAAGAAGCAAGCCCAACAGCUGUCUUGAGUAAUGCUUCUAUCUCGCACCAAAACAGGCUGACCUUUUUAUUUUUAGUCUUUCUUAAUUUGGAAUGGGGUAUUAUCGUCACAGAACAUGCAUUUGAAAACACCUCUGUUCACGCAGUGGAAUUACUGAAAAUGCAGAGCUAAAUUAAUUUCCAUAAUUAGCCAAAAAAAAAAAAAUAGGAAAAAUAUAUAAGCCCUCUUUUACAUAGGUAUCUUUGAGGGCAGGCGGUUUGUGAGAGACGUAUUUUAUCACUAUAAAUUCAGUAAGUGGUUUAAAUUUGAAUUAAAUACAAUAAAUGUUAUGAGGAUUAGCUACACUGGGAUCUUUUCUGUAGAUUUACUUGAAUACACAAUGCCUACGAGGCCAUUCUGCAGUCAUUGUUCCAGUAACGUAUACUGCUGCAGUGUACAGCCACAAAAUUUCAAGCUUUCACAAUUCUAAGUGUUUUGGUAAGCAUACGGCUAUGUAUUUUCUGUUGCCAAUAUCACAACUGCUUUUUCCAUUACUGGAUAAUUCAUGCCUUUCAAGGAUUUAUAAAUAUUGUCAUAUUUAAAAUGUGUGGUUUUGGAGAAAUUGUUGAAUUUUCCCCCAAUUCUCUUGUCUUCAGGGUCAAUUCUUUCCCCUUCCAAAAAAGUGAUUUGUAGUAAUGGCUGUGUUGACUUCACUUUUGGGGUGCGAUAGCAACGAUUAACUAUCUGGUCAUACUGAAGCCAACACAGAACUUGCUGCUGUGUGUUUCUUCAAUGAUAAAUAAACAACUUAAGGAA